AUGACGUGGUGGAUUAUCGCGCAGACGACAGCACUCGCCAGACUCACGCCUACAAAUUCAGCCCGCCCGUACAAGGUGGCCAUCUCUUCGGGUUCGAGCUGUCUCACUCUCAUGUCGAGGCGGCCUGGGCAAUCCGUCCGGAGAGUGAUGGGGAGGUACGGUGAAGAGACACGGUUUUCCGGUCGGCCUAAUGCAGAGGCAAGCCGCACUUGGAGACGGUUUGCUGAAAGGCUAAAUCGUGCAUCAGCCUUUCAGCAGCGCCCGGAGGCUGCUGCUGGAAGUCUUGACGGGGUUCAGAGACGGCUGGCGGGAGAUGGGCGAACGGCUGCCGGCCGGAGGCCUCAGACCAAAACAGUACGACGGAUCUGUACCACUUGCCGAGCGAGGAAACAGGUGUGCCAGUACCAGGCUCUUCGUUCCGUCAAAGACGAGGCACAAGGUUUGUCUGACAAUGAAAAAAUCACGGUCAGUAGCAGCCUUUAUUCACUUAAGCAUAUUGCUUAA